CGCUGGAACCAGUUUGCUAGACUGAGAGCCGCCUCUUUUUCAGACGUCUCUCCUGCUUGUCGAACCAGUUGCUGGAUGACUGAUAUCGAGAAUGGACUGGAAACGUAAGAUGAUCCAGGAGAAGAGGAAGGGCGAUGACCUUGACGAAGACACCUGGGCCGCACAAGAGGGCGUUCCUUCAUUCGACGAACCUUUCAUCCAGAAAUACCUCGACGGGCGCGACGCCUUGAUUGUGCAAGAAAACCGCCUGCGCAGUGACCAUGCUUUCCGCGAGAGUCUCUCCCCCAUGGCCCGAGAGGCAUGUGCCAUUGUCGCCGACAUCCGCGCCCAAGAGCGCAAGACUCUGUGGAACCGGAAUUUCGAGGACAAUCUCGCCGAGCUCGCCGAGGGGAAUGAAGCCAGCAUCCACCCGGGCAUGAUGUUUGGAAUGGCCAAGGAUCGCAUGGAAUCCAGCAAGCUGUGGAGGAUUGUGCGCAAGAUGCCCAAGGGUGCUCUUCUUCACUGCCACAUGUCGGCUACCGGUGCUCUUGAUACUUUGAUUGACGAUGCGUUGCGCACCGAUGGCAUGUGUAUCUGGUCCACCGCACCGCUGUCCUCUCCAUUGGCCCUGCAGACCAAUCAGUUCAUGUUCCGUCAUUGCUCGACAGUGCAGAGCGGAGGGACAGUCUCGAUUUGGUCAGAUUCUUAUACCCCCGAGGCUUUGGUUUCCCUUCAAGAUGCAGCAGACUCUUUCCCGGAAAAUGGCAGAGAUGGCUUCAAGGCCUGGGUGAUGUCUCGAGUUACAAUCACAACGGAGAGAUCGAUCAGGCAUCAUGACGGCCUUGACGACAUCUGGACCCGAUUCCGAACAUGUUUUCCCAUUGCCGACUCUCUGGUGCGCUACGAGCCGCUUUUCCGAAAGUACGUCUGGCGCAUCCUGACACAACUCAACGAGGAUGGAGUGCGGUGGGUGGAUAUUCGAUCGGACUUUGUCAUGCCAUUCUAUUCAGCGGGUGCGAAUGAGCCGGACGACGGCUUCGACAACUACAUGAAAAUCCUUCAGGAGACAAUCGAGACCUUCAAGCAAUCGGAGGAGGGCAAGGGGUUUUGGGGAGCGAGAAUCAUCUGGACGUCGAUCCGCAGCUUCGACACGCGCACCAUCGUAGAAGACAUGAUGGAGUGCAUCCGCUUGAAAAUUGAAUUCCCCGAUUUGAUCUGCGGCUAUGACUUUGUGGGACAAGAGGACCAGGGCCGCCCUCUCGCCGAGCUGACCCCAGAGAUCUUUUGGUUCCGAAAGCGCUGCAGAGAGGAAGGGGUCGAGCUACCCUUCUACUUCCACGCCGGCGAAACACUAGGAACUGGAAGCGAAACGGACGAAAACCUGUUCGAUGCAAUUCUACUCGGCACACGCCGCAUCGGACACGGCUUCUCCCUCUACAAGCAUCCGCUACUCAUCGACAUGGUGAAGGAGAAGAAGAUCCUUAUCGAAAGCUGUCCAAUCAGUAACGAGGUGCUGCGCCUGACAGCGAGCAUCUUGUCACAUCCUCUCCCAGCAUUGCUCGCGCGAGGCGUCUCGUGCUGUCUUGCAAACGACGAUCCAGCCAUGUUGGGUCAUGCGACCAGUGGAAUGUCGCAUGACUUUUGGCAGGCCUUGCAAGGCUGGGAAAACCUUGGACUAGACGGGCUGGCCAGCUUGGCGGAGAACAGCGUCCGCUAUGCUUCGUUCGGUGAUUGCAAUCAAAAGCAAUGGACGCAGGAGGUUCGCGAUGGAGCAUUCGGGACGGGUCUUCGCGCACAAUGUAUGAAGCAGUGGGCAGCGGAAUUCGAGAAGUUCUGCCAGUGGGUGGUGCUGGAGUAUGGUGCCGAAUAUGGCGGGGAGAUGGAGGAAUGAUCUAGCGAUGUCCUCACAUGCAAGCAGUGAGAGCAUACCUACUCAACUAGAUGGUGAUGCAGAUUCCCAAAAGAAAUGAUGUACAUCUCGAAUCCGCGUGUCGGCAAUCAGAACCUUUCGAUGCGUUUCUUCCACCAGCCCCACCAGG